AUGGACUACCGUGACCAACACCGUGACGAUAUAAGCAGUCCCCGGAGCUAUACCGAUAGUCAAUGGAGCCCUCCUCCACCGGGUUUCCAUGAGCACGAUCAGAUAUAUGCAGCCGAGGGCUCGCCUCAUACCUACUCUAACGCAAACUCACCAGCAGCUGUGUCCCCUCCUCUACCGUAUGAACAUGAGUAUCACCAACAUCCUCAACCACAAAACCAUGAAACUUAUCAGCAAGGGUAUUCAACGGAGAAGGAGAUCCCAUACGCCACAGCUGUUCCAGUCGGCAAACCUACUCCAGAUUUCGAGGGACCUCAGGUAGUACCGGGCCAGUUCAGUCAUUACCCUCAUGGAGGCCGACCGAUGUCACCUUCGUCACAUGGAGGCACUACCAUUACCUCUCCGCACAUCCGGCCAUAUGGAUUCAAGGAGCAUGUCGACCCGUACGAUAAUCCUCAAGCUGGUCCUCCACCAGUGCCACCGAAGGAGGAUCGAAAAUGCGGCAUGAAGAAGCGGACGUUCUUUAUUCUCAUUGGAGUCAUUAUCAUUGCGAUUAUCGGUCUCGCCUUAGGACUCGGUCUGGGAUUGGGAUUACAGAAAAAAGACUCAGAUGAGAACACAGUUCAUCCCUUCUGUCGUGAUAAUCCUGAGUCAUGUAUUGGCGGCUCUCUCAAUGCCGACUACCUGUCGACAAAGGGUGUUUUCAACGGUACAGGUAUCGCUCUAGCUGGAGAAUCUUGGAAUAAAGGCCAACGACGGAUUUUCACGCUUUACUUUCAGCACCAUACAGGCGAUAUUAGAUUCAUGCAAUAUACUACGGACAGAAAAUGGAUUGGUGGGGGUAAAGCUCAAACUGUUGCUGGUGAUGCGAAAAGUGCAUCACCUAUAUCUGCAGUCUCCUUUGCCCUCAAUGAGACUCAAUAUUUCCAUAUCUUCUACAUCGACAAAAAUAACACCGUCAAGCAACUGAUCCAGUCCAACACAAGCGACAUCUGGCAACCAGGUCCGCUCAGCGACCUCAAUCUCAAAGCCUUCGACUCGCCAACCACUGGUUUACAGGCUUGCUACAAGGGGAACUUUUACGGAGAUUCCGACUUCACGAAAUUUCCUACAGCGUCUGGCCUCAAUAACACAGACCCCUUUGAGGGACAAACAGGCAUGAACAUAUGGUUUGCUGUCGACGAAUCCACCUUUCAUCAGUACGCCUGGUACAGCGGUCAAACAGAGGACGUAUGGGUACUCAUCGAACCAUGGUCUGGUUUCAACGGCCAUGCCGGUGUAGGCUGCUACAGCUGGGGCGCAGGCACCACAUCCUACGCCAUGUUAAAUAACAAGGACAAUGACGUGGAGUUCUGGUGGAAAGAUACGAAUGAGACCGCCACGUCCACGCCGACCCACCCCAUCAACUCCUGGACAAACGCCAGUAUGGGCGCCAUCAAAGACGUGUACCCCAUCACGUCUCUUGGCUACACAACGUACUUUUACGCGCAAAUGGCGGAUCGAAGUAUCAAGGGGUACAAUGUUACGUACCAAGCUGAAAACACAACGUUCAUUGAAGACCAGACGUUUACCGUUACUGAUGUAGCGGGUUCGGUGGUGGGGCUUGGGGGUACGCAUCUUACUGUUACAGCAUUUGCUGAGAAGCGUGGAGAGGAGACGUUGUGGGACAGCUUGUAUGUGUUCUUCCAGACGGAAGGAGAUGACAUUACGGCUUUCACAAGAGGUUUGAAUGGUGGCGAGUGGACAAAGGGGUCUUUAAGCAUUCCGGAUGAGUAA